UUCGUUUUGUUUAAACUGAACCUCGCUAAGUACCUGUUACAGGGCUGUGUGUCGCGAGGUGGGCGUUAACGCUGCACUGUAACGCGCAUACGGCCUUGUUUAGUUCCAGCCUGCGCACAAACAGCGCACUUCACAACUUCAUGUUUGUAGCAGGCAGCAGCGCGUUUCCCCGCGUCUCAGACGAAUGAAUCGCUGAACCACAACAGAAGUCUUAACAGUGGAAGCAUUCAUGGAUAUAGUUGGCACAUUUAACCAUUUGAUUCCCAGUGAUCAGUUGGAAGACUCUCUGCUCCUCGGCCAGAACUUGGAAUGUGAAGCAAGUGAUGAGUUUGCAUCAAGUGACAACCUGCCAGGAGACUCGCUCAAGAACAUGCUCAGUGACAAGGAUCCUAUGUUUGGAUCGGCCAGCUCACAGUUUCAUCUCUUGGAAAACGAUGAAGCUAACUUUCAGCUCUCCAGCUCAUUAGACCAGGAUAUGAACACGUCAGGCUUCAGCCAGACUUGUGCUGAAGGGGACGAGACUCCGGCUAAGUUCCCCAGAGGCAGGAGAAAAGGCGCCAUUCAGCAACCGAGGAAACAAACCGCCUUUUCGUCAAGAGGCCGCGGUAGAGGUGGACAGACAAGGCGCCCUGGUCCAUUUAAAGGAGUUUCCACUGAAGCUCAGAUAUCCGGAGUAAAGGAUGCAGAAGAACCAGGAUCCAGUAGCAUUUCAAUAGUGGAGAUGCACACGGAGAAACGGGAAACCUUAUUGAGCCGCCGGUUUAACGUGCAUGAAGUCGACCCGUCGAUGAGUCCUGUGGUUGUGCUGAGGCGUUUAACAGUCACAGUAGGGGGCUAUAAAAUUGAACUGCUGCCUGGACCUUCUCACACUUCUGGAUCAAUUAAUACAAGCGCUAUUCAGUCUCUGAGCUUCCAGGACGAUUCCAUGGCCACAGAAAGCAAUGGGUUUGCUCUCGGAGAGGCCCAGACUCUUGAAGUGCAUUCGGCCCCAGAGGUUGUUGAAGAGCUUAAGGUCACUGAACAUGGAGCUGAUAAAACGCCUACAGAUUUAGGGCCAUGUGUAAAUCCGAAUGAAGUACAACACACUAACGGUGCGACAGAAGUAACCACAGACACCAAAGCUGUUGACCAAAUUGAGGCAGAAAAGCCAGCUAAUGAUGACAAAUCGGAAAGAAAAAAUGUCAAAACGGAUAAAAUCCCCACUAAAAAGCUCCUGAAGCCCAAGCAGGCACUGGCUUUAUCCAAAAACAAGCACAUCAGCAGAACAGCUAUCCUGCAGAAGGGGUCCAAGCUUCACAAACUACAAGAUAAAAAGGUGGAAAAAACUACACUGGAAAAUCAACAACACAUCAAAGCCAAGCCAAAUAGCAUAGGCCUAAAACAGCCAGCUUUGUCUCUCAAACCCAAACAGGCCUUGAAACCACAAAAGGAGCAAGUCUGUGAUCCGGUGAAGCACAGUGCCAGCCCCUCUGUUCCACGCUCUCCCACAAGAAAUAGAAAGGUGUCCUCGGAUUCCAGUCCUGGUACUAAAGUAGUUAUGAAUAAAUCUCCUUCUUCAGCAAAGAAGCCACAAAAUCCAUCACCAGCAGCGGUCAAACAGAAUCAGUCAGUGAAGGAUGGCCCAGUAGAAGAAGAACAGGAGAGAACAAAAAGCAAGAAACCAGAAAAGCUCUUGCAGAGACAGAGAAGCCGAAGCAGCAGAAGCAUAUCUAUAGAUGAACCUCAGUUAUUCAUCCCUGAUAAUGCUCCUGUGGUGAAAAAGGUGUCUGCAGACGGGGAUCCUACACCUGCUUCUGAAAACGAGACAGCAUGGGAUUCAAACAAACAAUGUGGAUUAUGUAGUAAACCACACAGCAAUAGAUUCAUGGUAGGCUGUGGCCGCUGUGAUGACUGGUUCCAUGGAGACUGUGUAGGAUUGGACCUGGCUAAAGUACAACAAAUGGAAAAGGAUGACCAGGAGUUUGUCUGUCUUAAAUGCUGUGCUGAUGAAGGGGGGAAAGGUAACACUGAGAAUACAGACAACAAUUCAGCAACAGAUCAGAAACAGGAACCCGUAGCAUCAGUCACGGCUGGCGGAAUCCGGCCUUUUAGGAAGGACUCAUCAGAAAGGCGAUCAGCAGUGGAUUCAGCACUGAAAUCUGGGUCAACUAUGAAGCAUGAGGUGAAGAAGGCUAAAAUUUCUGUUCCAAGCUUAAAGAAACCAUCUACUGGACAAAUCAGGAGGAGUGUCCGUGAUUCACUAGAGGAGAUUCUAUUGAAAAGGCUGAAGGAAUCAGACUUGAAGGUUUCAAAGGAGAGGCCAGCAGAAUUGGCUAAACGGACAGAAAAAGAGCUUUUUGCCCUCUUCCAAGGUGUCGACAGCAAGUACAAGAACAAAUACAGAAGCUUGAUGUUCAAUCUCAGAGACACAAAAAAUAAUGUGUUAUUCAAACGUGUUCUCAAGGGAGAGAUUCCACCUAGAGCUUUAGUUCGUAUGAGUGCAGAAGAACUAGCCUCCAAGGAACUGGCUGCAUGGCGACAGCGGGAGAAUCGACAUACAAUUGAAAUGAUUGAGAAAGAACAACGGGAAGUAGAGAGACGACCAGUCACCAAAAUCACACACAAAGGGGAGAUUGAAAUUGAGAAUCAAGAACCUGCAAAAGCCCCUGAGGCAUUACCUGAUCCUGUCCCUGAUGUUGUUGAGGCGUCUGAGGAAAAAACUACAGUAUCAAAGGCAGAAAGCCCCAAGAAAGUUAAAGACACAACAAGCUUGCAUAAGUCUCAUCUUUUUGAUCUUUACUGCAAGAUCUGCACAGGACGAAUGGCUCCACCAGUGGAGGAGGCAACCACUAAGGCUGUCAAAGUGGCUACAACUGUAAUUAGAAGGCAGUCCACAAUUACUGAAGGAGAGAGCCAUGAAUCCACACCCAUAUCUCCACCUAUUGCUUCAUCAGCCCUGGUGGAUGACUUGUCUCUGAGAGCGAUGGAAGAAGGCCUUCUUAACUUUCCUGCAAGGUUGGAAAGUGUAAGCAAUAAAGAAGAUACAGCUGCAUUCCUCUCUGGUUUAGAAACUCUAUGGAAUGGCUAUAUAGACAUGCCAUCUGUAGCUCGGUACUUUACAAAAGCUUACCCAGUCUCUGGAACUUUGGACCACCUAACUGAGGAUCUGCCAGACACAAUCCAGGUUGGUGGAAGGAUCUCUCCCCAAACCGUCUGGGACUAUGUGGAGAAAAUCCGUGCUUCUGGUACAAAGGAAAUAUGUGUAAUUCGCUUCAGCCCAGACACAGAGGAAGACGAGAUCUCGUACACUUUGCUGUAUGCCUAUUUCAGUAGUCGUAGGCGAUAUGGUGUUGUUGCCAACAACCGCAAACAAGUUAAAGAUAUGUAUCUCAUCCCUCUUGGCUCCACUGAAAAAAUCCCACAUCAGAUUGUUCCGUUUGAUGGCCCAGGUUUGGAGACUAACCGAACAAACCUUCUCCUGGGACUAAUCAUUCGCCAGAGGCCCAAGAGGGACUUUGUGGUCCUCCUACCAAGUGAGGCUAAUGAACCUACAAGUUCAUUAGCCUACGAGACCAAACCUCAGGUAGAACCUAUUCAGAAACCUGUGGUGGCCCGAGAUGAGGAAAGAGACUUUGUAAACAGUCUUGGUAGGAUGCAGAAAAAAGACAGUGUAAAUCUUAGCAAAUCCACAGUGACUGAAUCUCGGUUAGAUAUCGAGGAUGAGGAAAAUGUGUCAUUGCGUUUCCUCCCGGGCGUGCUAAAGCAGCCCACAUCUGAGAAGGCUAAACCAGCGGAUGAUGAAAUGAAAACUAUGACCAGUAAUGCAGUCAGUCAGACAUCUAGCUCUGAUGGGGACACCUCAGGACGUGUCACUCUUAAAACACCCACCACCCCCAGACUGGACCGUUUCAUUAUUAAAAAGAAAGAUCCGAAAUCUGUCGAGAAACAAGAACAAUCUAGCUCAAAUGCAGAGAUCAUGAGUUCACCAGAUAAAGAAAAAGAAGCUGGACUGCAGAGUGGAGUUUUGUUAUCUCUUAAGGAUAAACCAGGAGAUGUAUCAACAGAGACUUUCCUCUCUAGCCUUUCCACAAUACAGCCUAAGACUGACCAUAACAGCACUGAAACAAUAAGAGAUACCACACCACCAAGCACACAGACCAGACAAGACAUAAACCUAACUCCUGUAUGCACUUCAGCUGCAUCAACAGUUGCCACUAAUGAUACCACUGAUGAUGUUUCCAAGCACAAAACUGUGAAAACUCCUACUAAGAUAUUAAAACUAUCCACAACUGGCAUUAUCACUGUCAAAAAGACUGAUGCAACUGAACUUGUUAAUACCAAGCAGUUGUCUUUGAAUAAAGACAUACCACAACCAAAAGUUACUCAGUCUGCACCUUCAGACCUAUCAUCCGUUACCCAGUCUGCACCUUCAGACCUGUCAUCCGUUACCCAGUCUGCACCUUCAGACCCUUCAUCCGUUACCCAGUCUGCACCUUCAGACCCUUCAUCAGUUACCCAGUCUGCACCUUCAGACCCUUCAUCAGUUACCCAGUCUGCCCCUUCAGACCCUUCAUCAGUUACCCAGUCUGCCCCUUCAGACCCUUCAUCAGUUACCCAGUCUGCCCCUUCAGACCCUUCAUCAGUUACCCAGUCUGCCCCUUCAGACCCUUCAUCAGUUACCCAGUCUGCCCCUUCAGACCCUUCAUCAGUUACCCAGUCUGCACCUUCAGACCCAUCAUCAAUUUCCCAGUCUGCACCCUCAGGUCAGUCAUCAGUUUCCCAGUCUGCACCCUCGGACCCGUCAUCGGUUACCCAGUCUGCAGCUUCAGACCCUUCAUUGGUUUCCCAGUCUGCAGCUCCAGACCCUUCAUUGGUUUCCCAGUCUGCAGCUUCAGACCCUUCAUUGGUUUCCCAGUCUGCAGCUUCAGACCCUUCAUUGGUUUCCCAGUCUGCACCCUCAAAUCAGUCAUCGGUUUCCCAGUCUGCACCUUCACAACCAUCAUCAACAACAGAGUCUGAACAGCCACAGUCAGAGUUUAAACCUGUUGAAGAAAUCCAGACCAUCACCACUAUUUCCUCGUCUGGAAAAAAUGAAGCUCUCAAACAGUCAAGACAACGUCUUUUAAGUCCCAGUCCUUUUAAUACUGCGGGUCAUGGGCCUCUGCCAGCUACAUUUCCUCCUUAUCACACCGCACCAGUUGACCAUGCUUACCAUCCAGGACCGGUGCCCACCUACCCACCCCAGUCUAACCCUGUGCCGUUUAUACCCCUGCAUCAGCAAGCCCCUCCGCUGUUUAGCUACCCGCCACCUCCACUUCUUCCAAUGAUGUUCCCCCAGAGUGAUCCUCAAAAUCAAAUGCAUGCCCCACCUUGGGCUCAGGCAGUGCCUCCUCCGGCAUGUUUUCCACCGCCCGUCCCAGAUGUAGUCACUGGGCCCCCACAGUCAUAUACAAUGCCAAGAUUCCCUGAUUCCUCCAUGCUGAAUCUGCCACCCUUGAACAAGAGUGAUCAGGGCUCUGAGCUUUGGGACAGGAAGUCCAGGCCAUUGGCUGAUCCUUUCAAAAAGGAUGACCGAGACCACUAUGGGAGGUACAGGCACAAGAGCCAACAUUACGAGCGAGAGAGGCACAAGGCCAGAAGCCGGAGUCAGAGCCGGAGCCGAAGCAAGAGCAGGAGUCGCAGCAGGAGCCGGAGCCGAAGCAGGCACAGACACAAGACCAAGCACUCGCGAGAGGACAGGCAUGGGGAGAGGAGGAAAGAGAGACAUCACAGCAGUCACCACAGGGACAGAGACAAACAUAGACGGGACUCUGAUCAUGAAAAACACCGGAGAGACUCAAGAGAUACACACUCAUGAUGUUCAUGCUCAACCUAGAUACACUCAUUCAACAUUGUUGUCCAAAUAUGUUCAUUUGUAUUUACUGGAUAGUAAAAGAUUAUUUAUAACAUUUUAAAGCCUUUUAUGAGGGCAAUUUUAAAUUUUUAGUUAGUUUGGAUUAAACAUAAUUUGUUUCAAAGUUUAAUUAACAUAACCUUACUGUCUCAGUCAGAACCAGAUUUUCAUGUUAUGAAUGAAAAAUUAAUGCCAAGAAGAAUAAGAAAAAAAAAAGUAAGUUCCUCAGCAUUUUUAAAAUAUCUUACAACAUUUUCUAUUUGCAUUAAAUGACAAUGUGUCUGUACAUUUUGGCUUAUCAAACAGUAGAGAUAAUAUGCUCUCUGCACAUUGUGUUUAUGUACAGUUCAUAAAAUCUUUUUAUUGUUGGUUAAAUAAGAAUAAACCAGUCUUUUAUUAAAAA